UUUUUGGUUCUUUCAACUUCUAAUAACUAAUUCAAUAAUCAAUAACCUCUCUAUGUAUUUCUUCCUCAUUGUAUUUUACUGAGUUUGAAUCAGUUUUUGUGCAGGACGUGGUGAUGCCGGAAGAGCUUGCGAAGGUCAUUGACGCGGCCAUCGGAACACGCCAUCGAAACUUGCAGGGGAGGAGGUUGCUCGAGGACGGAGGAGGCAAGCGUGUUCUCCUCAGAUACAACAGCGUCGGCAUUAACUCCAUUACAAAGAGGAAGGAGGAAGAAGAAGAGAAAGAAGAAAAGAAAGAGGACGAAGAAGAAGAGAAGGAGAAAGAAAAGGAAGAGGAAGAUGCCGCCGGAGACGGUCACCUGUGGUGGCCGGGAAGUGUAGAUCUAGAUAUGUAUUUUUAUAUUUAUAUAAUACAUGUAUAUUCACAUAAGUAAUAUACAUGUAUUUAUACUUUGUAUUUCAUUUUAUAAUUAUCUAAUAAAAAUUUUA